ACACUUUUGCGCGCUGGAGAAAGAAAACUCUCGCCUGCCUGCUCUGGUUGCAAAACAUUGGGCCAAGUUUUCAAAGGGUGCUUUGGUGCAGAAUUUUACACACACGCAAGAAAACGAACAACAUUGGCCACUGGCACUGCGUUAUCGACCGACCGACAUUAGUGCUUUUGGUCGCGGCGUAAUCGUCCAGUGCUCGGUAGUGCUUUGUUCCUGGGGGCUCGUAGGUGUUAGAUUUACGAUUUGCGUGAAAAAUUUGGUGUGCCAGCACUGUGCGUGUGAUAAAGCAGACGGUCCCCAUUUCGGAUAGGAAUUGAUACCCAAAACGGGCGUGUGUGCUGGUGUGUGUAUGUGGGAUGUGCGUGCGUUUGCCCAUAAAGAUUCGCUGAAGAGAGAAAGUUUGGCGGUGUGUCCCCUCCGGAAAAACGGAAAAGAGUGUUGUGAUUUUUGCCCCAUACUGUCCUCUACACCAUCGCGAAUGUGCAUUUUUCUUCAGCACCAUCAUCAGUAGGCUGUGAAAAACAAUAGCUGCCUGUUAUUGAACUCGUGCCACCCUUCCGUUCCGUGCAUUCUCAGCCCAACUCCCACCCCCCCACAACAGACGCGAGUGUGUAGUUUUGCGCAAUAAAAAAGUGAUGCGGGACCUGGCUAAUAAGAUGGCCGAACUCAAAUUCGAGGCACCAUUGGCACAGUUUGAGGAGAGUGACGAGUGGGGCCCGGUCGAGUACCAAUCGUCGAAUGUGGUUACCACGAACGGUAAGGCCGCGACCGUUUCCAUCAGCGACACGCUGAACCUGAACAAUCUGAAGGAAUCGCUCCGUUCGCUGGAUGGCAAUCAGCAGCAGCAGCAACAUCUGAAAGAUGACGAUCUGAACGAGCUGAACGACAACCUGCUGCUCGGGGACGAUACCGUACGGGGCGGUAACGACGGUGGUGACGAUACGACGAACACCACUGCCGCCAACAACAACAACAUCAAGGUGGGACCGAUCAAAGACAACAUCGACUUUGCGGAAGCGUUCACCGGCAGCCUGGAGGAUUUGGUCAACACGUUCGAUGAGAAGAUUACCAAAUGCUUCGGCAACUACGAGCAAUCGGUCGAGGAGCUGGCCCCGGUGCAGGUUCGCUCGCAGGAGGAAAUCAUGAACGAAUGCCAGAUGUGGUGGACCAUUACGGGCAACUUUGGCAACAUUCUGCCGAUCGAUUGGUCCAAAACGUACGCACGCCAGAUGCACGUGCCGGCGCUAAACCUUGGCAUGCGCAAACCGGGAACACCGGACGACGAUCUGCUGCAGGAUCUGAGCUCCGAGGACGAGGCGGUCGCAAACGAUCUCGACAUGCACGCGCUCAUACUGGGCGGACUGCACGCUGACAACGAACCGAUCAAGACGGCGGACGAGGUGAUCAAGGAGAUCGAUGACAUCAUGGACGAAACUGGUUCGGAGGAUGGGCAGCUCGAGAAUGAGGUGAUAGAAAAGGCAAAGGAAGUGCUCGGCUCACCGUUGUACGAAGAGAAACUGCGUUCCCUUUCGAUUACCCAGCUGAAUGAGCUGUACAUGGAGAUGGAGGUGCUGAUACGCGAGUUUUCCGAGACGCUCAUCUCGGAGCUAGCAUUGCGCGACGAGCUCGAGUACGAGAAGGAGCUCAAGAACACGUUCAUUUCGUUGCUGCUUGCCGUACAGAACCGUCGCCGUCAGUAUCAUGUGGAGAAGAAGAAGGGCAAGGGCGCCGGAGGUGGUAAAGGUUCGGCCGGGACAGCAAACAGUACGGGUAUGGAUCCCAAGUAUCUCACAACGGUUAUUCCCUACCAGCUGAACAGCACACCCGAUAAUCAAACACUUCAAGUGUUGAUCAAAAUACUGAAAGCGAUCAACGAAGACAGCCCAACCGUUCCUACACUUUUGACGGACUACAUCCUGAAGGUGCUCUGUCCAACGUAAGCGAGUUGCACGGGUAUGACGAUCGGUCGCCAUCGUCUCCUGCUCUCCAUGACGCUCCUCCGUACACGUAUCUCGGGAUGGAUGGAUGGCUGGUUGUUGGGUGUAGGUAAUUUGUACACGAUUUCAAAGCUCUCAUAUAUAGAUAUAUGCUAGCAGAAUAGUAACGAAAUAGACAGCAGACACUAACUAAAGAAAUACCUAAAUACCUAACUUCCGGUAUCAAGCGCAAAGCAUUACUAUUAUAGUCUUAUCAGUUGCCAGCUGGAGGGCGGUGACAGUGCUACAUUUAUUCUAGUGUUGUGUAGAAAUUAAGUGCUGUCGUGGUGAGCAGCAGCAACCCAUUGCUUCGUUCUUCGUUCUGCACAAACUCGGCUGUGGUGCAGACGAAUGUGAUUCUGUUGUGUUUUGCUUGUGUGUAUUAUUUAGCGCACCAGGAAAAAAAAAGAGGACGCAUACACAACCUACGACGUGUCGUACGUCGAGUUUAACUAAACGCUGAUAAACUGUGUCGUGGUGUAACAAUUUUCUAUCACCCUUUAUAUGAUGAUGAUGGUUGAAAAAUGGCAAACAGCGCACAUAGAACUACGGCGAUUGCUUCAAAGGGACAGAUUUUUUAAUAUACAUAUAUUACUCUCUCGUUCUAUCCCUCUCAACUUCCCCUUCGGAAAACAAAUAUUAUGAUCAAAUACUCCGCCUAUUUAUUGCUGCUUUUAGAUGCGUUUGUUGAAAAACCGCACGACAUCCCUCAUACAAUUUUUGUACCGAUCGAGAACAGUCUCCUCGACACAUUCCAUUAUGCUCUCUGGUACGAGCAAAACGAGCAAAAGUGAAGGUGGUACCGUGGUGGGGUGCUUCACGAACCAGUAACGUAUUGCCAUGUGGUUUUAGACGGGAAAUGGCAGAACCGAGGUCGAAUAUGAUCAUCCAUUUUUGAAGCACGCUUCUGGUGAAGAAUUCCAUUUUCUUCCCCAUCAAUUACGCUAGUCAUACGAUUGAAGUUGAAAUGUGCGGCACAGCACGGCAAGUAACGUGUUCAGUUAUUUUAAAUUAAGCGAAUUUUCUUUUCCUCUCCGCGUUAUAGUUCCUUUAUGUUUUUUUUUGGUAGUUGUUGUACUUUGAUUGGUGCAGGAGUCCAGGAGGAGCAAUAGUAGUAGCGGUAGCUGUUACGGAAGAGUGCAUUAUAUUCUUUUGCUAAUAAGUCAUAUUGCUAUUUACAGUGAACACACGAACGGUGUGGUGUUCACGACCACAGUCACGCGUUUAUCGCAUUAUUAUUAUUACUUUUAAUUAUAAAAAUGCCAGCUUCAACCUAUGCAACGCAACACAAACUCAUCAGGCACUGCUCAGGUGAGAAGGUGAGACAAAAAGGCCAUAUAGUUUUGAGUAAUCACACCUCGUAAUCGAAGAGGUAUCCGAUCCCCCCCUCUACGCUUUCUCUCUAGAGCUUUUCGAGAUUUGUGUCGAGUGGUAGUGUCGCGUACUCACAUAACGUAUAAAAAUAAAUGAAAUACCUAUUAACACACGCAACGUGUUUUGUGCGACGGGAAAAGCUGAGAACGAAACGUAUAUAUAUAAAUAUAUUUGAAUAAAAAAAACAAUUGGAUGUAGAUCGCUAAAUCGCCUGGAAGCUGGACAGCAAAUCAACCAAAGCACGAAAAGCAUGCUGGAAGCGAUCACGCUUGGCAAGCAGAUGAUGCGCUGUCUGUGGAAAGAAUGUACAGACGUGUUUGAAUAGAGCACCAAAUCCACUAAGGUGUUCGGAGGGUAGGGAAUGCUGUAGUUAAGAGAUCGCCUUCGUUUGUCACGGUUUUAAAUUCCGCUCUUCGCAUACCAUUUGGGUUUAGCUUAUACGCCUUAUCCCUUUGCAAAGGCUCAUCAUUUUGUCAACGGUCGGUAAUGCUUACACACCCACUAGGUGGUUCGUUGCUAAAAAAACGUAAGAGGGCUGUUCCAUUGAUGAAAUGCAAAUUGUACAUUUUGUAGCUUACUGUAGAACAUGUUUCGAUAACAAACAACCAUUUUCCCGAUCUUCAUUGCUGGGCAGAGAACGCGCUCUUUCGGUCGCAAAUUAUUUUUCAUCUCUUACAUAUGUAGCAAUAAUGGUACAGAUAACACGAGCCGAAGACAGCAGAAAAACACAAACCAAUAGGAUAGGAACCAAACAACCAAGUCCGAGAACUGCGUACAUUAGCGUCCCUCUAUAUAACAUCGAGUGUUCAUGAAAAUUCUUUUACAUGGCUUAAUUUUUAAACUGAAUCUCAAUAAUCUCUUGCUGAAAGUGAUAAGGCAGAAAGAAAUAGAAAAAGGGCGCUAAACAUACAAGCAGCAAGUCACACUUUAAGCAAUUCUGCAAAUGAAACAAGAUUACACGGAAAAAGCAAAAGAAAAACUAAACCCAAGGAAGAAGAAGAAGGAAGGAACAAGAAACACACACGCACGCAGUGAAGAAGUACUGCUUCGUAGUGUGUGGGAAAAUAGCAAUAGAUAAUGAAAUUAUCUCGUUGGCAAAGAAACAAACAACAAACCGAUCGCAGGGGGUAUACAACGUACCCGAAAUCUGCUCCCAAAGCAUCAUCCAGCACCGAAUUGAGCGUUUAGGAAAUGUUAAGGACGCCGCAGAGAGGGCAGACGGAAGGUGUAAGUGAGUUCAAUUUCUAGCUGAAGAAUAUAAUAAAAAUGAUGCAAAAUUAAUUAAAUAAGAAAAAAAACUUAAUUGCAAUAGAUACGCGAGAAACGGACGGUAGCGUGCAAUAGAAAGAAGUAAAGAAAGAGAAACAUAUAAUAGAAGAGAUAAGAAAGCAGGAAAAUGGAAAAAAAACGCUGAGGCGCAACAAAAUAUUAGAAUCUUAGUACAUUUGGGUGUUAAUAAAAAAUGUAUAACACGAAGCCAGGUGAAGCCAGGUGUAAGGACAAAACAGCAAACACAGACAAACAGAACAAAACUACAUACCACACACGCACAUUUAUUGGGCAAAUAAAACUGCUUGAAAUAA